UCGUGUCACUUUCUCUUUACUUUUUUCUAUAAACCCUAAACCCCUUUUCUUUCUCUCUCUUUGAAGGUAGAGGCAAUGUCUGACAACUUACCUGAAGUUUCGAAAUCCAUCACUGAAGAAGCAUUGUGGGACUCUCUUCCUCAUGAAAUCCUAACCCACGUUUUCCUACGCCUACCCAUCAAAUCCAUCAUCACUUGCACCUCUGUCUCCAAAACAUGGAAAUCCCUCAUCCGAAACCCCUCUUUCAUUUCCACUCAUCUUCACCACUCCUCCAACAACGACCUCCUCCUCUUCAGACUCUGCCCUAAGCCUCUCGCCAAAGCAGUCAAACAACGGGAACGAAUCGGAGACGAAAAAGAAGUCUACGCUUUACAUUGGGACGACAACACCAAUUUCCAUCAAUACACCACCUUUGACGACUUCCCUUUCCAUGGCCAAAGUGCUACUGGAGUAUUCCGCGUGGUUGGUACUUGUAAUGGCUUGAUUUGCCUAGCUGAUGAUUUAAACACUUAUGCUUAUAAUUUCAUUCUCUGGAACCCUUGUGUUAAAAAAUAUGUGCAACUUCCUACCCCCAAUUUCUCCUUCAGGACUACCGGUCCCUACACCGCGGCUGUUGGGUUUGGGUUUGAUUCCAAAACCAAUGACUAUAAGGUCGUGAGGUUUGUCACUCCUGAGGAUGAUGACUUCGAUGAGGGUAAAUCUACACCCAAGGUUGAGGUCUACUCACUUGCCACUGGGAAAUGGAGAGUGGUUACUGCUCAAUGUCCCAAAUGUGCUGUUCGUGAUACAAUGUUGGUCUACCUACGCCUACAGGCUUUUGUCAAUGGGGCUUUGCAUUUGGUUUGUUACAAGACAACUCCAGAAAUCAGAUUUCUCCACUUUGUUUUGGUGUUUGAUUUGGAGGAUGAGGUCUUCCGCGAGAUACCACUGCCUAAGCAUUCCGAUAUGUUCUAUUGGAAGUGGGUAUCUAUUUUGGCAUAUGGGAAUUCCAUUGCCGUGAUCGAACCUGGGUAUUCUGUUGACACUCUCGAUAUAUGGGUGUUGAAAAACUAUGUGGAUGCGUCAUCAUGGACCAAAAUUAUAAGUUUGGAUGCUCAAGCGCCCCCACAGGACAUACCAAGGCCACUUUCAGGUUUUUACAGAGUGAAAAUACCUAGCCUAAAAGCUUUUAGAAAGAGUGGUGAGGCUAUAUUGGAAACAUAUAAAAAACGGCUAGUCUCGCGGAACCUUGAGACCCAAGAGGUUAAAGAUCUUGGGAUUACUGGAUCUAAGUAUAGUUUUGUUGAUCCUUACAUUGAGAGUCUAGUUUUGCUAGACAAACCCGACCUUGCAGUUACUUACUAAGGGAAAGAAAGAGGGCCAACAAGAGGCAAGGACUUUGUGCAAUCAUGGAUGUUGAUGAGCUGUACAUAACAGACUUCAACUCAGAGAAAGAAAAGAGUCAACAAAGUCUUUUGAUGGUGUGUGGUUAUUUAGCGUUGGCAUUAGUUUAUUAUGUCAAAAUAGAUUGUAGUUAGAACUUUAAAGGAGUUUAUUUUGUUAAACUAACUUGGGCUACACCACUCUUAUGUUAGUAUUUCUGGAUGAUUUGAAGUUUGGUUUCUGUGCAUUUACAAAAAUGAUUUAGCACUAUAUUGUA